UCGCGGUGUCUAGAUUAAUUCUCGCGACAAUUGCAGCAGCUGAGAUGCUAGGAGCAGAGGAGGGGAUUUUAACUUGUCAGAAAAACAGAUAAAUUAUCACCACACAGGCAUGUAAUUGUGUGCUGCUGUGAAAGAACUUCACUUAGCCCUAGACCACCACCACCUCCUCCUCCAUCAUCAUCUUCAUCUGCUGUCUCCAUGACAACUCCUCCUCUAGUGUCACCUUUUGGUGGGCAACCACCACUGCAGCAGCAGCAACAACAGCAGCAAGCUCAGGCAGCACGUGAUGUCAACACGGCCUCGCUGUGUCGCAUUGGCCAGGAGACGGUCCAAGACAUUGUCCUCAGGACCAUGGAGAUUUUCCAGCUCCUCAGGAACAUGCAGUUGCCUAAUGGAGUCACUUACCACCCCAACACCCACCAGGACAGGCUGGGAAAACUCCAGGAGCACCUACGUAUGCUCUCUGUGCUCUUUCGCAAGUUGCGCCUUGUCUACGACAAAUGCAACGAAAACUGUGCCGGGCUGGACUCCAUACCCCCAGAGCAAUUGAUACCCUUUGUGGAGGAUGACGGUUCCAAACACGACGAUCGCUUAGCCAGCCAAAGCCGCCCUGCCACCGAGGAGAGGAGAGAAAUCCUGGAGGUCAACAAGAAGCUGAAGCAAAAGAACCAGCAGCUGAAGCAGAUCAUGGACCAACUCCGCAACCUCAUCUGGGAGAUCAACUCCAUGCUGGCCGUCAGAAGCUGAGCUACACACACACGUACGCUCGUUCAUAAAACGCACACAUUCAACACAAGAUUUGGUCAUCGACAGGAUGUGUGACAGGGUACCACAGACUGGCUGAGGUUGCACUUUGAAAGAAAGCGAAAGGAGGCAAGUGAAGCUGAAAGGGCUCAGCACUACAGAGGUGAGACGACAUCCCGCAGUAGAUGAGGAGGAGAAUACUAUUUACAUCAGUGUGGGCAAAAAUAUUCUGUCUACCUCGAUAAUCUACAUUUCAAUCAUCAUUUUGACCCUGAAUCAAUCUGAAGAGUUAUGUUUGUGUUUGUAGGCACUAGCUCAAACAAAUUGAUCUUAUAUUCUAUUUAAUCUUUAUAUUGUCUACAUGUUACAUGCUUAUUUCACAGUGUUAGAAUUGUUUUAUGUCCUAAAUUGAAAAGUUUUUAAUGGCUUCUAAGAACUUUAAUAAGAAAGACAUACACUGUGGCAAAAUCACGAGUCUUAUUCUUACUAUAUGCAGAUUGGUUUUUAUGUUAUGAUUCUACUGAACUAUAAAUCUUGCUGUGA